UUUACGUUUAAUUUGCAUUUAGUGCCAUUUAAUUUAUGUGCUUAGAAUGAGGUUGUGUUUUUUAGUACUUUUAGCGACUUCAGUGUGGACGUUGCCGCAGGAUAAAGUACAACAGCGUUUACCGAGUCAGGUACCAAGUCAAGAACACCCACAUGAGCCGUCCGGACGUGACUGCGCCAAGACGAAGUGCGCGUCCAGCAUCGCACAGAAAGCGGCGGCUGAAGCGAAGGCUGCGCAAGCGGCACAAAAUGCGGCGGGCGCGCAGGCCGCGCACAUGGUGAAAACACAACUAGCCGAAAAGGCUCUACAAGCAGCGAAGGCAGCGGAGGCAGCGCUUGCGGGCAAGCAAGCGGUCGUGGAACAGUUGCAGCAAGAGGUCCGGGAGACGGAGGCCGUGGUGGCGCAGAACCUGCAGGCGGUGCACCAGCAGCAGGGCACGGUGGCCGCCGCCAGCCAGCUCGUGCAGCAGGCGAUAGCCCAGCACAAGUUAAUAAUGCAAGCAGUGAACCUAGCAGCGCAAGUGGAAAAAUGCGCCAGUAAUGUAUUAGAAAAGACGAAAAUAGGUUUACAAGAGAAGUCAAGAAAUCUUGCUGAAGCUCGAGCGAGGUUGUCUCACCUACAACACAAGCUGCAGUGCGCGUGCGCAGACUGCGCCGCGACCAAGCAGGCCGCGCACGCCGCCUGCGAGGCUGCGCGGGCCGCCUGCGGCAACGCCAGGAGAAAGAGACGUAGGAGUAUUCAAAAUGCACUAGCUUUAAGAGUCACGAAAAAGUAUAACUAGUGGUUAACAUUAUAUUGAAUUAAUUGUAAAAAUAAUACGCUCAAAAUAGCGUCGAGAGACUGCGUGAUAAAUGGCUAAACUUUGAAACCUAACUGAAUUGAUCUACUGUCCACUUCAAAUUGUUAUUUUUACGAUCCCCAGCGUAUUUGAGGAGUAACAAUUUUAUCCAUACCUUCAACAGUCGUUUAAGAAUGCUGAUUCUAGUGUUGAUACUUUGUGAUGUUUAUAAUAAUACUUUUAGAACAAAUAAUUUACUAUAAUUUUGCGAGGUCCAGUGUUAAGAUGCAACCUUUUAGUAUUUUAAUAUAAUAUUAGUUCAGAAAACAUAUUUAUUUGAUUUACUUCGGAUUAGAAACACGUAGCUCCUCCUAACGGUGUUAGGCCAGAGCGUCUGCGUCCUACGUUCUGCCUCUCAUCUCAACACGCUGUGCUCUCAUCUGACAGGCAUAGCCA